CGGGUACAUUAUUGACUUUGCGCGUUUGUUGCUUCUCAUAGGGGCGCAGCCGGAGUCCAAUACUUGUCAAAGCACGUCGAUUGCCGAGACCGAACCUAGCACUAGCCAAAAUGUGCCCUCCUAGUGGCCCUUUCUAUCGCGUUGCGGGCAUGUCCUAUGUGCGCUACGCCAACCUGUGCGCGGACUAUCUGCGGGCAGUGAUGAAGGAGCCAUUCAAGACCAAGGCGCUGGCUCGCCAGACCGUCUACUUCCGCUCGACCCCUGUCUCAGAUGGAAAGCAGGGCGUUGCGACGCUCCUUGAGACGACGGGCAUGCCGAAGCAGACGCCGUCCUCUUAAACGUCGCUCUAUUUGGAGAGAGGGAGCUAGCAUGGGAGCGGUCGCGGAGGCUGUGCGCGUGGAGGCUUAUUGGACCCGUUGAUACCCAGGCGGGUCGCUGGGGAGGCGGCAGGGAGGAGGGACGGGUUGGAGGUGGCUUAUAAGCGUGUGCUGUGCAAUAGAAUCAGCAGCAUAUGAGGACUUGGUGCACAAUGUAAGUACUCGGGUGCGCAUGCGUAUGGAUGUUUAGUUAGAGCAGGGGUUAGUUGUGCGUGGUGGGUUCGUGCGGGCGGUCGAUAGCGUGUUGAAUGCCACUGCGUACUGCACACAAGCGUGUAACGCGGAUGAAACGCUGUACGCUGCAAUGCUCCUCCAUCCGCACGCGUAUAGAGUCUGGAUUGCAGCAGGGGGCUGCAACGGACUGCAGCUACUGAGUCAGGAGCAACGCCGGGCGAGGUCUCUGUACGGCGAUGCUUGCGUGGUGCGGUUGGGGCCAACUGACACGGGCUCAGGAGGCGGUGACGCAGCCGGGGAGCCAGACGUCAGGCAGUCAAGGGCAAAGUUGGAACCUGGUGAAACCGUGACGACAGCCGAGGGCAGUGGCCGUGCUCCAGGGUGGAAGGGUGUUCGACGUGAGAUCAGUUGCGAUAGCGUC